AUGUCUGUAUCCAUGAGGAACCCACCACAGCGCCGGCGCUCUCUGGGUCCUGUCUCGCCCAAACGCAUCUACAGAAACCUGUCCGUGAGACUGAGGGGUGGAGAGUCAUCUGUUGCCACGGAGAUGGUCACACCCAAACACCCUAGCAAGUCUGCAGAUUCUUACAAGACCCUGUGGGAGGCAGUGGAAAAUGAGGACACUUUGGCCGUACAAAGCCUGCUGUCCAGAGAUCACACCAACUGUGGAGGAGGAGGAGGAGGAGGAGGGAGCAUGUGGGAGCGAGGGGAGAAGAAAGAGAAGGACUGGGAGAGAGAGAGGGAGAAGGGGGUGAACAGGGUGAGCGAACAGGGCCUGGUCCCCUUGGACGUGGCUGCCCUUACCCACAAUUCCCCUCUGCUCCAUGUGUUGACAAAGGCAGGAGCCAGACAUAACCCUGUUUUGUGCCGACCAGCAGAGUGGGAGCUGAAGCUGGACGCGCUGGUGGCACUGUCGGGUAAACGGGUGGAGGAGAGAAAGAAGGAGUUAUUGAGGAAGGCAGGGGCAGGGCCUCAGGCACAGGCUGACGUCCAGAGACACAUCCGCCUCUGGAGCCUCAGGCUACAACUGUACUGCCGGAUGAGGCAGAACUUCCAAAACACAGAGCUCCCCGGGCCUCCCAGUCAUGUGGCCAUACUGGUGACCAGCACAUCCUCUCUGUUUGUGACAAUCAAAGAGCCGGAGGGUGACACCAUGGGGCUCAUCACCCGCUACAGAGUGGAAUGGAGCAGCUCAGCCAGCUUCAAACGCAUCCUUGGCUCAGCCCAAGUUACAGAGACCAAGAACCCAUCAUAUAGCAUCAAGGGACUCACAGCAGGAGCGCAUUACUUUGUAAGAGCGAGUGCCUACAAUGUGAAGGGAUGGGGUCCGCCUCAGUGCUCUACUCCAGUCAGCGCUGCCCCCUCCAGUUGGAGAGAGUGCAUCGGCGUGAAGUCACAGUUCAGAAAUCACGAGGGCCUUGUGAGGAAACUGCUGGAAGAUGCCAAAGAACAACAUUAUAGAGGAUUCUGCAUAGAGAGCUCUAAGCCCCAGAGUCCCAGCAAGCGUCUGUCUGUGUCCCGAGGCAUCAAACAACUGUUCCAGUCCGCCACCAAGUUUGUUCGUCUCCUACAGAGGGGCGUGUACCUGGCUACUGUGUUCUACCACAAGGAAAACAUCCUGGUGACAGCUGAAGAUCAAAUCCCACUGGUGGAGAUCCAGUGCUGCUCCACCUCCAUCACCCAAGACUUUCUCUGGUUUGCCAAGCUGUCCUGUGCAUGGCAACAAGUGCCCUGGCUCCAGCAGGCCCUUUCCUCCGCUCACUCCUCCCCCUCCUCCCUCCUUCAGAACAGGCACAACAUUUUAAGAGCUGUUUCCCAGCUGCAGUCUUCCCUGGGAACAAUGGACCUGGGCCAGGUGUACUACGAACCUCUGAAAGACAGGCAGGGCAAUGUCUUACUGGUGACUCUGAAGGAGUUCCCAAACCCUCCCCGCCCUCCUGAUCCUCCGCUUCACUGGAUGCCCCUGGCCCGUCUGGAAAAGAACCGCAGCAGAACUCCUCUGCUGCCUGAGCCCACUGCCAUGGACAUGCUGUAUGAGCAGCUCAAGGAGAAACUAUCCCUACACAGGCACAGCAUCCAGUGGGCCCAGCCAGGUCUGUAUGUGGGUAUCCUGAAACUGUGCAGCUCAGUGGAACAGAUCAGAGUCCUGGUGCCCCAGAGGCUGCCCAAUCUACUCUGCCACACACGUGUCCGACAUAACGCCCACGUUUCCAGAGAGGAGUGGGCAUGGCUCCUGAGUCAUGUUUACACCACAGCCAACGGCAGCGUUCCGAACCUGUUAAGCGGCGAGGACGAGAGCGUGAUUGAGAGCAGCGGGCUGGCGGAGUUCGUCAUGUCUCUGAGAGCAGCAAUCACACAUCUCCUGACGAAGCUCAACAUCCCCCUCUACAGGGCCUAUCAGUAUGGUGUGUACACCCGGGAGCUGCUGCAGUUUGGAGACAAGAUGUCCAUGCUGCUGCUGCUGCCUCCCAGUGAGGACUUCAGCUCCAGCUACUGGCCCCUGCUGGGGACCAAAGAGCCUGGACUCACCAUGCCCCUGCAGAUCUUUGAGCUGGUUCACUUCUGGACGUAUGAGCGGGAUUUCCUGUCGCAGUACUGCCAGGCCUGGGUGAGGCUGGAGCUGGACACUCAUCUGGCCCAGCAGGCUCUGCGGGAGGCGCUGGACACCAAGGAGGUGCAGGAAGCCCGGGAGCGUCUCAACCACAUCACGGAGCUGUCCCAUCGUCUAGAUGUGGUGUGGAGGGAUGCCCGUUGGAUUAUGGACUGUCUGCAGUGCGUUCGGUCCAAGCAGUGGGUGGGGGCGGUGCCUCUCGGCCUGGUGAUGGGAGGAGACCCGCCACCGCGUCCUGAUGGCGAGGAAGAGGAGGAAAGUUUGACUGCCAGACUGACGUGGCCUCAUCGGAUACAAGCACAAAGAGCCAUUGCAGAGUGUUUAGUCAGUGUGACUCCACCCAAUGUCGUCUCUACAGAGAUCCCCGCUCCAUCAGGAAUCAUGGUCGUCCCUGAAGAGGCCACGUUGUUGAUGGAGGGUGUGGCGAAGGGAGGAUACCCUGUAGACAUCACCGCCCAAUCAACUCUAGACCUGACGAGCAUCGUUGGCCAAUCGGAAUUAGAAUGUGCAACGGCUUUGAUCGAAUCUGGACUGGAGCCUGGUGCUGUUGCCCAGUUUGAAGUGGGGUACACAGUUCUAGAAGCUCAGGAGUCCUACAGCGAGGAGCAGGACUUUCCUUCCAGCAUCACAGAGGUAAUCCGGCCAAUGGAGAUGGCAGAGUUGGUUGACAUCUUGCCCACGCUGAGUCUUAUUGAGGAGGAGACCCCCAGUGGGCCGUCCACACCAUCAGUAAUGGAUAUGCUGGAGAGCUUCGGACUGGGGAUUGGUGAAAGCCACUCCUUCUUUGACUUGGAGAGUUCAGACUUGAUGAACGGGGCCGGGUGUCUGUCACAGCAGGACAUGUCUGCGUCUCAUGCCACAGUGAGUCCUCCAGACGUUACAGAGACUGAGGUUCCCAGCAAGGGAGCGUGCGUCCCAUUGAGAAACCAGGUGGAGUGGGACAGACCCUCUAACAGUUCAUCCUGAUGGCGACCCCAGCCUACUUCGACCUUGUAGCAAUUUGAAACCAAAUCAGUAGACUGCAGCAGAUUAAAAAUACUAGUUAGACUUUUUUGGCUUCUUUGUCAAUCAGUGUCCAACUGCCCAGUGAAUAUAAAAUUCAAGUGACA